AUGGAUGAAGAUUCAAAUGAAAUUAAAGAAAGCAGUCAAUAUCUGUUCCUAUUGAAAAAUUUAGUCAAAGAUAAGUCCCCCAAGCCACGAACAUUCUUCAAACAAACUUUAGUGAAUUCAUCAAUAGUAACGAACAUAUUCAAUGACGUUAAAGUUAAAAUUAACAAGCCAUUCAAAGGAGCGGCUAGUGUUUUGUUAAACGAUGAUGAGUAUCAAAUUUUAAUACCUCCCGAGGAGGAUUCGCAAAUGGAUGUUUUCGAUGAUAUAGACAAUGAAAUAUUUGAUGCAACGAGUGACAAAAAUUACAUCACUCACGAAACCAGGGAGAAUUCUAUGUUUGAGAAGAUUCAAGUUAUUAUGAGGAGACUGUCAAUUAUAGUAGAUGGUAUUGAAUAUAACUUACGAUCAACAAUUCGGUCUUCGUGUAUCAUACGAUCAAGUCUUGCUCAAGAAGAGGAUCAUAUUUUAAUAAGUUUGUACUCAGGGUUUUUAAUAUUAAUUCGAAUUUAUUAUGUACCAUCAUUUGUGAAAGAUUUUGAUUACGAUUUCAAAAACGAUGACUCGAAGUCUUCAGUAUUUAAACCCCUUAUAAUUCAAUGGUGGGAUGUGCAUCAAGAUCUUAAAGAACCAGAACUACAUAGUAGUGGUUAUAUACUAAAGUCAUCUGCUUCCGGUUUAUCAACGAUAUCUUCAUCUGCUUCAAGAUCUUUCAGACUAUAUCUCACAUUGCAGCAAACAAAGACGGGAGCUGUUUUGAAAAAUCAUAUGAACAUACCCCUAGAUGGGUUUUUAAUUGAUUCUUGUUUUUUGGAGCCAAAGUCAACUAUGCAAACAGACAUGCUUUUGACAUUGAUUUUUACAGAACAUCAAAGGUUGUACAUAAACUUAUAUUCGUGGUCAUGCUUGGAUGACUUAUCUGAUGGUAUCACCAAGACAACUUUCCCUUUGGAAAAUACCUUUGAUAUACCGGUAUUUAUAGUGCCAUUAUCCAACUUGUGCUCGUUCCUAUUUGUGUCGAAGGAGGCGUUAACGAUAGUAAGUGUUCAUAACAUUAUUUCAGCUCAUUAUGAAUUCAAAAGAGCUGAACUGCCUUGGAUUUCUUUUCCAACAAAUUAUCAUAUAUCUCGAGAUCAUUUAACGAAUUUAGACAUUCCCCAGAUGGAUGAGGUACUUAUAUCAACAGAUUCUGGGACCAUCUAUGCAAUUUUAAUAUCGAAGGAAGGAAUCGUUUCAAUGACGCCAAUGUUUAGGAUUUAUGAUAGCAUAUCACUUUUUACUUUAGAAAAAAAUGAAAAUGAAUAUAUUUUGAGUUACUCAAACAUUACAGGCUCUAGCAAAAUUUUAAAGUUGUUUGAGAAAUUCAAAAAUGAGUAUGUGUGUGAUAUUGAAGAUGAUCUAAUAUUGAAAUAUAGUAAGUUUGAAUUAAUACAAAACUUGGAGAAUUGGGCUCCAAUUCUUGACACGAUCGUGGUGGGAUCUACGUCCAAUGGUUUCAAUUAUGAUGAGGUAUGGAGUAUCACGGGCCAUCGUAAGAAGAAGAGGUUGACUCAAUUUAAAACAGGUUUUUGUGGAAUUAGGAAGAGUGAUAUAUAUGAAGAAUUGAGAAAAGUUAUCAAAUCUUGGAUAAUAGAAGUUGGAAAUAGACUAUUGAUACUAUGCUCUUUACCAUUUGAAACUAAAUUGAUUGAAAUCGAAUUAAAAGAAAAUAUAUUAGAGGAAGUAUUUGCAGUUGAAGAUUCUAAAAUCAAUGAAACUGAGCCAACCAUAUUUUGCACAAAAAUUGAUAACGUAAAUGAAAAAGAUCAAACAUUUAUAAUUCAAGUAACAAACAAUAAUAUCACCUUCACGGAUUUGAAAACUGAGCUCACCGAACCAUUUGAUUAUAUUAUAACCUUUGCAACAUAUAUUAAUGGAGAAUUAUUUUUAUUAGCAGAGGAAGAUGGCCGCUCUUUCAUAACUUCGUUCAUUAUUACCGCAAAAGAAAUAAAUGAUGAUUCCAUAUUUAAAGAUUUUGCAAGACAACAUACUUUAGAUUUUGAAUUAAUUGACUUCCAACCGUCAAUGCUUAGUUGCUUUCAGAUAAAUGAUAGUUUUUUAUUGCUUAUUGGAUCUUUCGACAGUGAAAUUAAACUUUAUGACAUUGAAGAACAAAAUAUCACUUUGAGAGAGUCUUUAGAUAUAAUGGAACAACAACAUAAUUUAAAUAAUCAAGACGUUACCUUUGUACCUAAAGAAUGCUUAGUUAUUGACAGCGAAUUAUUUAUAGGGACAUACGGUGGAUACUUUAUUAGAAUAGGUUUGAAACCUAACGCAAAAUAUAAAUCAUCUUUUAGAGUUGGAUCAAGCGAAGUAGAUUUAUUCAAAUCUUAUCAGAACAACAUCAUAUACAUUCAAUGUCGGGAUUUGUACAUACUAGACCUUUAUAAUACUUAUCCUGUCAAAGUUCAAUUUAACGAUACUUUAACACGAACAGUAAAUUCAUUAAUUGAAUUACCUGCAAAAUCAUCCAAAUAUCACAAGUUAGGUUUAUUUAAAAGCAAUGGAUUUGUGGUAACGAACGUUACUACAUUCAUCAAACCAUUUAUUAAACAAGUCAGUAUAGAUGAAAGGUCUAAAAACUUACAAUAUCUUCCACCAAUUUCUUCUUUUGUGAUACUGGGGAUCUUUUUUGACGAGACUUUGGGAAACAAUAUAAGAUGUGUUGACAAACUGACUUUAAAAACUCAUGAUCAUAUUCAGUUUAAAAACAAACAAAUAGUUGAUUCUGUUUUUAUGCAAUUAGAACAUCCCUUAUGUUCAUGUGUCUGGAAAAUUAAAAGAAAUGAUAAAUUUAGUUAUAAACUUUUAGUUGGUUGUUCAUAUAAUUCUGAUUAUGAUCACAAGGGAACUAUAAAAGUUUUAGAUUUUAAAAAAUCAAAAGAAAAUGAUUCUUUAAUUCAUAUUACUGAAUUAACAACAUUUUAUCAUACUUAUGAAGUUACACAUAUAGCACAAUCUGAUGAUUAUAUUUAUUUCACAGGAAAUGACACCAUUUAUGUUACAUCUUAUGAUGAAUAUUUUAAAAAGUUUAGAUCAAUUCAAACUUUGGCAAAAUUACCAAGUACUAUUUGUAAUUUCAGUGUCUUUAAAAACAAAAUACUAGCGUGUACAGUUAAUGAUUCAAAUUUUCAAAUUGAUGUUAAACCAAAUCGAUAUUAUAAUGAUAGUGAUAUUGAAAAAACAAUUCAUACAUCAAUACAAGAAAGAAUGAUUGAACAAAUAAAUUAUAAAAAUAAUCUUGUUAUGAGUAGUAGACAUGGUUCUACAAUUCAUAUAAUUGAUCUUGAAUCUAAUGGUUUGAGUGACAAAUCCUUGCAAUUUCAAUUACCUAGUAAUUCCAAGUUAUUAACUGCAAAAUUGAAUAACAUAUGGACUAAUAAAGAAACUGAUAAUAAAAACAAUAAAGAUGAUGAUGAAUCAUUAUUAUGCAUAACAAAAAGUGGAGAUAUAAUUGCAUUAACUUCAAUAGAUAAAUCAAGUAAUGAAAUAAUUAAUUUGAAAAAAAAUUUAAAUCUUAAAAAUAAAUCGAAUUUUAAAGAUUUUACAAUAAUUGAUCAUUUAAAAAAAUUAAAAAAUCCUUUUAAUAAUAAAUUAAGUGGAACUGGAUUAUUAUCAUUAAAUAAACCCAUAUUUGAUUAUUUUAUAAAUAGAAAUUUAAUUCAAAAUAGUAGUGAUGAAUCAGAAUUGGAUGUACCGGAUAUUAUGGAUUAUGAUUUAGAAGAAAUUUCAACAAAUUGUAUUUCAAAUAUUUCACUACAAUAA